GUAUGGCACAUCCCUAGUUUUUCAGUUGUCUGUCUUGUCUUGUCUAUGACCAGGGGAUUCCCUUUUUCUUCUUUAUUAAAUGUUUUAUUUUGUGACUGAUAAAUGGAUGAUUGAACAUGUAAUGCAUUCAUUGGCUUCGUUCGUUGUUGUUCGUAGUUAAUUAGUAGAUCCAAGUUUAAAAAGUUGUGUUUUGUUUCUGUCGCAAAGUAACGAUACGAUUUUGUGCAAAUAUGGAAAAAUGGUUAUUAAAAGGUCCAAACAAAAAUAAAGAAGAUAAUCCUAAGCUUAAACGUAAAAGAGAAUCUGGGCUCGAGUUAUCGGAGGCGUCAACUUCUAGUACAGAAGGAAAUGCCGCGCCAAUUUCAAGUUUGACUUUAGUAAAUUUGACCACAAGUGAGUCAAAUAGUACACAGAUCCUAAAAAUGAAACGCUUGAAUAAAUUUAAUGAUUUGUGGCUUAACGAACCAAACUUCUCAAGCUGGUUAUGCAAAAAUUCGAAUAUGAGAGAUGGAAAUGAUUUAGCAAAUUGUAAACUCUGUUCGGUGUCGAUCCUAGCGCAUAAAAGUGACCUGAUUCGACAUAUGAAUUCAGAACGCCAUAAGAAAAAAGUAUCAGAAGUAAAGAACGUUCCCAAACUUUCAACGUACUUGCCAGUGACGGAUUUAGACAUAAAUGUUCGAAAAGCUGAAUUAAAACUAGCCGGAGCGUUGGCUGAAAAUAACAUACCAAUAUCAUUCAUGGAGACCUUGGGACCGCUCUGUAAAGAUAUUUUUUCAGAUUCAGCUAUAGCUAAGAACACAAUUUUACACAGAACUAAAGCAACAGCUAUACUUAAGAAUGUUUUAGGAAACACAUUUUUAGAAGAUAUAAAUCAAAAAUUACGUACAGAAAAAAAUUUCUUCUCAUUUAUUAUGGAUGAAACGACGGAUCAGAGCUCUUUAAAACAAUGCUGUUUUACUGCUGUAAUCUAUGAUGAAAACACCAAUCGGGUAGAACAUUUGUUUUUGGAUAUGGUGGAAGUGUCAUCAGGAACUGCUGCGGGACUGUAUGACUGUUUGAAACAAAUGCUUCUAAAUAAAAACAUACCCAUAGAAAACAUAGUUGGCUCUGGUGAAAUGCUCCUGUCACAUGAUACACUUAUCAUCAUCGAAAGCUUGCCUCAAAUUACCCUUCAGUAG